ACGGACAUAAUGGUGCACUAAAAUGGAGGGCCGGGGUCUGGGAGAGCGUCUGGAGAUCAGUGACAGGGAGAGGGACGGGGUGAAGGGUUGUGGCCGGGCCGGGAGGGGAGCGGGGCCAGCUGUCUCUUUAAAAAACGACAACAGCCCAAAGCGCCCUCCUCCUCCGCCGCCGCUGCUGCUGCCGCCGCCGCCUCGGCUAUGCUAAUGAAGUUAUUGCUGGUUGGCCGGCUCUCAAUGGAGUCGACGGUGAUUGGAGGCUGGCCGUGGGGGAGGGGCCGGGGCGUGGAUGACAGCUGGGAUCCAGUCAGCCGAGCGCAGGCUGCAAGAGAAAGGAGAGGAGGAAAAAAAAAAAAGAAGAGCGCUAUAAGGAGAGGGAGAGAAAGGAAGACAGGCUGACAAUGCAAGGUAUCAGACCCCCCAUCCUCAAUGGGCCGAUGCACCCGCGGCCCCUGGUGGCACUGCUGGAUGGCCGAGACUGCACUGUAGAGAUGCCCAUCCUGAAGGAUGUGGCCACGGUGGCGUUUUGUGAUGCCCAGUCCACACAAGAGAUUCACGAGAAGGUGCUGAAUGAAGCUGUGGCUGCCUUGCUCUACCACACUAUAACUUUAUCCAGAGAUGACUUGGAAAAGUUCAAAGGUCUGCGUGUGAUCGUCAGGAUCGGUUCAGGCUUUGACAACGUCGACGUUAAAGCCGCCGCUGAACUUGGCAUCGCCGUGUGCAACGUGCCAGCGGCGUCGGUGGAGGAGACGGCCGACACCUCGCUAUGUCUGAUCCUCAACCUGUACAGGCGAGUCACCUGGAUGCACCAAGCACUGAGGGAGGGGACGCGCGCCUCCAGCGUGGAGCAGAUAAGGGAGGUGGCUGGUGGAGCCGCUCGGAUCCGCGGCGAAACGUUGGGCAUCAUCGGCCUCGGACGCGUGGGUCAAGCUGUGGCUCUGCGGGCCAAGGCCUUCGGUUUCAGCGUGAUCUUCUACGACCCGUACCUGCCGGACGGCGUGGAGCGCUCACUGGGCCUGCAGAGAAUGGCCACCCUGCAGGACCUGCUCAUCCACUCUGACUGCGUUUCCCUUCACUGCAGCCUCAACGAGCACAACCACCACCUCAUAAAUGACUUCACUAUCAAACAGAUGCGUCAGGGGGCCUUCCUGGUCAACUCGUCACGAGGCGGUCUGGUCGACGAGAAAGCACUGGCUCAGGCCCUGAAAGAAGGCCGAAUACGAGGGGCCGCCCUGGACGUCCACGAGACGGAACCUUUCAGCUUCUCAACAGGCCCUCUGAAGGACGCUCCCAACCUGAUCUGCACCCCGCAUACGGCGUGGUACAGCGAGCAGGCCUCAGUGGAGGCGCGCGAAGAGGCAGCCAGAGAAGUGCGCCGGGCCAUCACUGGCCGUAUCCCUGACAGCCUGAAGAACUGUGUUAAUAAGGAGUACCUGAUGGCGGCCUCUCAGUGGCCCAGCAUGGAGGCUGCCACUGUUCACCCAGAACUGAACGGAGCCACUUACAGAUUUCCUCCUGGUCUGAUCAAUGUUGCGACGGCGGGGGGGCUCCCAGGAACUGGCACAGGCGUUGACAGCCUGGUUACAGGAACCCUGGCCCACGGCAUUGCCCCGGUCACCCACUCUCCUGAUUGGGACAAACUGAAAACCUCGUUAGCCCACCCAGCCUUAUCUCCACCCCCCUUCAGUUUGCUCAGUAGAGAUAUGGGAGUCUGACCCCCCCCCAACUGUGAAAGUACAUGAGCUGCUGUGUUUUUACUGGAACAUUUAAGCCCAACAUUUGUCAGUUUUUAGUAAGACCUUUCCUGAUAUUUGUACUUUUUUCUUAAGACAAAAUCCUUUUGUGCCCAAAUGAAAUGAGCUUUUUUUGGUUUUAAGGGGAGGAUAUUACAGCAGCAUACCAGCAGAGGGCGCUGACUCUCCUGCUGCUCAGACUCCACAUGUCUGCUGGGUUUUUUUUUAAAUAUUUUAAUUUAGGCAAACAGAGGGACCGUUGCGGGUUAGCUCCGCCCACGCAACGCAUCAUCACUUACUGCCAUUCAAAACACCCGGCGAGACCGAAGCGCCGCCUUAUUGUUUAAGAUCCUGCCGCCCCCUCCCUUCAACACUCAUGUUCCCCAUGUUAUGCAUCCUUCAGAUGUGUGUGGGUUUGAUUCCCUGUUGGAGCUGCAUGCUCUCAAGUCAGUGGUGUGUGUGCGACUUUGUGUGUGUGUGUGUGUUGUGAUAACAAGCUGUUGUUGUUCCAAAGGAUGUGUCCCUCGGAGUAACUCUUAAACGCUGUCGCCCUGGUGUCAAAGGAACACCUCACUAGUACCUCAGUAACAGAUAAUGAAUGUACCGUGCGUACCCUUGGACUUUUAUUUUUAUUUUUAUUUUUUGUACAGAUUUUCUAGAUACAUCUAUACCACAUUUAUUAGAAAUUUUAUGAAAUUGUAGCUAUAAAAAAA